AUGGCCGAAGCUAUCACCCAACCCCAGAGCGACUCGGCCGUCGCGGUGUUCCUCGACUCGACUGUCCCCUCCAACCGGCACGCUUUCCUCUGCCCGUCGCCUCUGCUUCCGAAUGGAUCCCUCGAGUUAGCAAAGGAAACCCUGGACGCGCUGGCCGGCCAGAUCGCCGAUCAGCAGCAGCAGAGAUUGCGGAAAGCCGGCAAGAAGCGGAAGCGGGAUGGAACACAGGACAAGUCGGCUGUCUUGAAGAUCAGGAAGCUCCAUAUUAACGGCUUCGAGACGGGUCAGGUGUGGCAGCAGGCCAAAAUGAUCAUUACAAGCGCGCUUUACGAGGCUACUCAACUCCUCGGAGAACUGGAAGACAGUGACGAGGUCCAGCUGCUCAAGGGCGAGGAGGUGGAGGAUGCCAAGGCCAUUGAGCUCGGCGAAGAUGGGCUCGAGGUGGGCUCGGAGGAGGACGAGUCUGCCAGUGAUGGCGACUCCGAGGAGUCAGACGAUGAGGGCGCAAGUUUUGGGAACGAAGACGAGGAGAUGCGUGACCUCGAGGCUGAAGAGGACGAGGAGGAGGACUCCGACGAAUACGACGAGGGAGAAAAUGAGGAUGCUGCAGAUGAAGCGGAUGGCAAAGCGAAGGGCGAAGAUGAUUACGAUGACGAGCGCGAAGACGAGCUGGUCGAGGAUCCCAACGGUCUCAACGACGGCUUUUUCUCAAUAGAUGAGUUCAACAAGCAGACACAAUGGUUCGAGGACCAGGAUGCUCGCGGAGAUCCGAACACGGACCAUCUCGACGACGAAGAGUCAAUCGAUUGGCAUGCGGAUCCCUUCUCCGCGAAGAAGUCUCGCAAGGAAGGAGAUGAUGAGGAUGACGAGGACGAGUCAGAGAUGGAGGAGGGCGAACUUGGUUCCGCACUUAGCAAAAAGGACCUGGAAGGCCUGGACGGCGGAAGCUACGAGGAGGAAGAGGGGAACCUACAGGAUGAUAUCAACGACAUGGGCCUCGACCUCACCGCCAACGACAUCUACUAUAAAGACUUCUUUGCCCCGCCGAAGAAAAAAAAGAAGCCGGGCAGCUUCAAGAAGCGCCCGAGCCUACCAGAGCCCUCAAGGCCAGACGAUGCUGAUAUCGAGCGAGCUGAAAACGAUGUUCGUCGUGAUCUCUUUGAUGAUCUGUCGGAGAAAUCAGAUUCCGAGGACGCCUUGUCAAACGUCUCGGCUGGCGACCCCAAGUCGCGUCGUUCAGCCCACGAGCGGAGACAAGCCAAGAUAGCAGAGGAAAUCCGCAAGCUCGAGGCUGAAUUGGUGGCCAAGCGGGCCUGGACCCUUUCCGGCGAGGCCGCUGCCGCCGAUCGGCCAGUCAAUUCGCUCCUGGAAGAGGAUAUGGACUUCGAGCAUGUCGGAAAGCCUGUUCCCGUCAUCACCGAAGAAGUGUCCGAGUCUAUCGAGGAAGUUAUCAAGCGCCGCAUCCUCGCCGACGAAUUCGACGAGGUGCUUCGCAGGCGCCCUGACACACUGGGCAAUCCUACCAAUGCCCGGCGCGGUCUUGUCGACGUCGAGGACACCAAGGGCAAGCAGAGUCUGGCCGAGAUCUACGAAGAAGAGCACAUCAAGAAGGCCAAUCCUGACGCCUACGUCAGCCAGGCAGAUGAAAAGCUCCGUCGCGACGAGGAGGAGAUAAAAAACACGUGGAAGGAGAUCAGCGCCAAGCUCGACGCGCUCAGCAGCUGGCACUACAAGCCCAAACCCGCCGCGCCGACUCUCACGGUCGUUGCCGAUGUGGCCACGGUCGCCAUGGAGGACGCACAGCCCACGACUGCGCAGGGCGUGGCUGGCGGCAAGAGCAUGAUUGCGCCGCAGGAGGUGUACGCGCCGCGCAAGGAUACGGCCGAGAAGGGCGAGGUGGUGACCAAGAGCGGCUUGCCGGUGGCCAAGCAGGAGAUGAGCCGCGAGGAGAAGGCGCGGAGACGCAGGCGCGAGAAGGAACGCAUCCGCAAGGCCGGCGGCGUCGACGCGAACAAGUCUGUCAGCAAGAAGGCCCAGGCGCAGCGCGAGACGAUUAGUGACCUGAAGAAGGGCGGCGUCAAGGUUAUCAACCGCAAGGGCGAGGUGGUAGGCCUGGACGGCAAGAAGGUGGUCGACCAGAUAGGGCCGCAGAACAGCGGAUUUGGCCCGUGUGUUCAAGAGGCGAAAAGCGAUCAGAUUAUCAACUUGCAACUGCCGCCGUGGGGAGGCGCUUUUACUCGCGACGACUGCCACCUCUCCACUCCUCUCAGUCCUGCUUCGGACAUACACAAUCUCGAGAUGCUUUCUUCUGCGAGGACAGGCGCCUCGCUGGCCCUGCGAGCGCGGCUAACGACUUCACUCGUCCCCUUCCGUGCUGCCGCCGCCAUCUCAUCUUCAUCCCGCAACGAUGCGGCGAGCGCCGUCCAGCCACACGCCGGGCUCGGUCUCGCCAGACGCGAACGCAAGGAGGUUCCGCUUCCCAGCCAGGAGGGCACCAAGGGGCUGGUACAAUACGCGCUCACAACCCUCGACAUCAUGGCCAACUGGGCCCGGCAGUCCUCGCUCUGGCCCAUGACGUUCGGCCUCGCCUGCUGCGCCGUCGAGAUGAUGCACCUCUCCACGCCGCGAUACGACCAGGACAGGCUGGGCAUCAUCUUCCGCGCGUCGCCGCGCCAGUCGGACGUCAUGAUCGUCGCGGGCACGCUGACCAACAAGAUGGCGCCCGCGCUGCGCCAGGUCUACGAUCAGAUGCCCGACCCGCGCUGGGUCAUCAGCAUGGGCUCGUGCGCCAACGGCGGCGGGUACUAUCAUUACAGCUACAGUGUCGUGCGCGGCUGUGAUCGGAUCGUCCCGGUCGAUGUCUACGUCCCCGGCUGCCCGCCCACGAGCGAGGCGCUCAUGUAUGGCAUCUUCCAGCUGCAGAGGAAGAUGCGGAACACCAAGAUCACGAGGAUGUGGUACCGCAAGUAA